AUGGACAUGAUGACUGCAGUGACUAUUGCUCAAUUUUUUGAUCCACCUCUAUGUUGUUUCACGUUUUCUGACUUCCAAUUGGCUCCUACCUUGGAGGAAUUUGAGAGGAUUGUAGGCCGGAACCUGAGGGAUCAUAACCCAUUUACAAAGUUUGAUGAAGGUAUUCCUCCCAAGAGGAUAGCUUUAGCUUUGGGUUUGAAGGUUUCUGAAGUCGUGGACAAUUGGGAUGUGAAGGGAGUUCUCAAUGGUUUUUCUAGGAAGUUCUUCGAAGAACAAGCUAAGAAGAUGGAAAAGGGGGGGAAUUGGGAAGCCUUCUAUGAUGUGUUAGCCAUGUUGGUAUAUGGGAUAGUUCUCUUCCCAAAUAUUGACCAUUUUGUGGACCACCUGGCGGUGAGAAUCUUCCUCUCUGGAAACCCUGUACCGUUCCUCCUGGCAUACCUCCACUAUGCUCUCCAUGAUUGUCAUAAGAAGAAGGGAGGAACCAUCUUAUGUUGUGCGCAACUGUUGCAUGCCUGGUUCAGAUCUCAUAUGCCCGAAGAAUGCCCUUUUGUCUCGAAGGAACUCAAGCCCUCUCAGAAGUUAGCUUCUCUCACCUCCAAUCAUGUUAAGUGGUAUAUCAGGGAUUGGGAAACCGAGGAUGUUAUUGUCAGCAUUAGAGACUUCCCAAAUGUACCUUUGAUAGGAACCAAGGGUUGCAUCAACUAUAACCCCGUGUUAUCUUUGAGGCAGCAUGGUUACCCUAUGAAUGGCCCUCCAAAAGUGGAAGCUUUAGAACCUUUCAUCUUACACAGCAUUGAAGCAGAUCACCCUAUGGUGAAGAAGAUCAAGAGGUCUUGGCAAGCAGUUAUCAGAAAGGGUAAGGAGUUGGGUAAGAGAAAUGUCAUUGCUCAAGAGCCUUAUACUUGUUGGGUAAGAGAGAGGGUUCAUAUGGUUAAACUCCCUUUUCCAUUUGAUCCUUCUAUCUAUCCGUUGGUUCCUGAGCUAGAGCCCAUAUUACCUGAAGAUGUGGAGAAGCUUAAUGCCUAUAUUAAGGAGUUGGAGUUGGAGAAUGCUGACUUGAGGAUUAAGCUCGGCCGAGUCUCGGUAGAAAAUGGGAAUUUGAAAGAUGGUCAAUAG